GUCCUGCGAGAAGAAAUACACCAUAUUUGCAAACCCUUUGAAGAUUCAUAUUUUGUGUUUUUUGCCCCCUGACCACCUCCCACCCCUCCCCACGCCCCACCAAUCUUGGGCAAGAAGCAAGACCAUUCUCCUUUUUCUCUGGUCACUCCUGUCCUUCAGGGGGCUCCCUCUGGCCCCGACUGUCCAUUGCUGCUGAAGUAAUGCUGUGGCCUUUCUCAGUUUGGGCCCCACCCAAAACCGAAGAACUUCUCCCCAGAAAGCUUCUACUUGGUUCUUAGUGUUUUCACAGUUAUGGGAACCCAAGAACAGUGUCAGACCUAGGAGGUGCCCCACUACCCACCCUGUCUUUAUCAAUGUUGUCACCAAAGCUGUCACAAACAAUGGGGUGUGGGCUGUCACAUGGCCCUGCCUAAGUAACCACAUUCUCGCUUCCUCCUUCCACACACAGCCACUGGGGGUUGCUCGGAUCCGGGACUGCCGCAGGGGGUGCCACAGCAGUGCCUGGCAGCGUGGGCUGGGACCUUGUCACUAAAGCAGAGAAGCCACUUCUUCUGGGCCCACGAGGCAGCUGUCCCAUGCUCUGCUGAGCACGGUGGUGCCAUGCCUCUGCAACUCCUCCUGCUGCUGAUCCUACUGGGCCCUGGCAACAGCUUGCAGCUGUGGGACACCUGGGCAGAUGAAGCCGAGAAAGCCUUGGGUCCCCUGCUUGCCCGGGACCGGAGACAGGCCACCGAAUAUGAGUACCUAGAUUAUGAUUCCCUGCCAGAAACGGAGCCUCCAGAAAUACUGAGGAACAGCACUGACACCACUCCUCUGACUGGGCCUGGAACCCCUGAGUCUACCACUGUGGUGCCUGCUGCAAGGCGUUCUACUGGCCUGGAUGCAGGAGGGGCAGUCACAGAGCUGACCACGGAGCUGGCCAACAUGGGGAACCUGUCCACGGAUUCAGCAGCUAUGGAGAUACAGACCACUCAACCAGCAGCCACGGAGGCACAGACCACUCAACCAGUGCCCACGGAGGCACAGACCAUUCCACUGGCAGCCACAGAGGCACAGACAACUCGACUGACGGCCACGGAGGCACAGACCACUCCACUGGCAGCCACAGAGGCACAGACCACUCCACCAGCAGCCACGGAAGCACAGACCACUCAACCCACAGGCAUGGAGGCACAGACCACUGCACCAGCAGCCAUGGAGGCACAGACCACUGCACCAGCAGCCAUGGAGGCACAGACCACUGCACCAGCAGCCAUGGAAGCACAGACCACUCCACCAGCAGCCGUGGAGGCACAGACCACUCAAACCACAGCCAUGGAGGCACAGACCACUGCACCAGAAGCCACUGAGGCACAGACCACUCCUCUGGCAAACACAGAGGCACAGACCACUCAACCCACAGCCACGGAGGCACAGACCACUCCACUGGCAGCCAUGGAGGCCCUGUCCACAGAACCCAGUGCCACAGAGGCCCUUUCCAUGGAACCUACUACCAAAAGAGGUCUGUUCAUACCCUUUUCUGUGUCCUCUGUUACUCACAAGGGCAUUCCCAUGGCAGCCAGCAAUUUGUCCGUCAACUACCCAGUGGGGGCCCCAGACCACAUCUCUGUGAAGCAGUGCUUGCUGGCCAUCCUAAUCUUGGCGCUGGUGGCCACUAUCUUCUUCGUGUGCACUGUGGUGCUGGCGGUCCGCCUCUCCCGCAAGGGCCACAUGUACCCCGUGCGUAAUUACUCCCCCACCGAGAUGGUCUGCAUCUCAUCCCUGUUGCCUGAUGGGGGUGAGGGGCCCUCUGCCACAGCCAAUGGGGGCCUGUCCAAGGCCAAGAGCCAGGGCCUGACGCCAGAGCCCAGGGAGGACCGUGAGGGGGAUGACCUCACCCUGCACAGCUUCCUCCCUUAGCUCACUCUGCCAUCUGUUUUGGCAAGACCCCACCUCCACGGUCUCUCCUGGGCCACCCCUGAGUGCCCAGACCCCAUUCCACAGCUCUGGGCUUCCUCGGAGACCCCUGGGGAUGGGGAUCUUCAGGGAAGGAACUCUGGCCACCCAAACAGGACAAGAGCAGCCUGGGGCCAAGCAGACGGGCAAGUGGAGCCACCUCUUUCCUCCCUCCACGGAUGAAGCCCAGCCACAUUUCAGCCGAGGUCCAAGGCAGGAGGCCAUUUACUUGAGACAGAUUCUCUCCUUUUUCCUGUCCCCCAUCUUCUCUGGGUCCCUCUAACAUCUCCCAUGGCUCUCCCCGCUUCUCCUGGUCACUGGAGUCUCCUCCCCAUGUACCCAAGGAAGAUGGAGUUCCCCCAUCCCACACGCACUGCACUGCCAUUGUCUUUUGGUUGCCAUGGUCACCAAACAGGAAGUGGACAUUCUAAGGGAGGAGUACUGAAGAGUGACGGACUUCUGAGGCUGUUUCCUGCUGCUCCUCUGACUUGGGGCAGCUUGGGUCUUCUUGGGCACCUCUCUGGGAAAACCCAGGGUGAGGUUCAGCCUGUGAGGGCUGGGAUGGGUUUCGUGGGCCCAAGGGCAGACCUUUCUUUGGGACUGUGUGGACCAAGGAGCUUCCAUCUAGUGACAAGUGACCCCCAGCUAUCGUCUCUUGCCUUCCCCUGUGGCCAUUUUCCAGGGUGGGCUCUGUCUUGUUCACUGCAGUAUCCCAACUGCAGGUCCAGUGCAGGCAAUAAAUAUGUGAUGGACAAA